AUGCCUCUCGUAACUCAGAACAUCAAGCCCCGCGUCAUCCUGGGUCUCAUGACCUUCGGACCUCCUGGCAGUGAACAGCUUGACGCACGUAUCUUUGACUCGGAAACCUUCAACAAGGCCCUCGAUGUCUUCCAGGGCAAGGGAUACAGCGAGAUCGACACUGCGCGUGUCUAUGUUGGAGGCAAACAGGAGGGCUGGACUGGCAAAGAGACCAACUGGAAACAGAGAGGACUUACUCUGGAUACAAAGGUCAAGUACCCUGCCAACCCAGGCGAGAACGCAUAUGAUAAGGUUAUCGAGUCGGUUGAGACCAGUCUGAAGGAGCUGGGAACUGACUGCGUUGAUCUGCUCUACCUCCAUCGCCCCGACCGUGGUACUCCUUUUGUCGAGACUCUCGAAGCUAUCAACAAGCUGCACAAGGAAGGAAAGUUUGUGAACUUCGGCAUCAGCAACUUCACCGCGUACGAGGUCGCAGAGGUUGUCAUGAUCUGCAAGUACAACAACUGGGUCCGACCCACGGUCUACCAGGGCAUGUACAACUGCCUCACACGUUCCAUCGAAUCAGAGCUCUUUGUCGCCUGUAGAAGAUACGGCCUCGAUAUUGUCGUGUACAACCCCAUCGCCGGUGGUCUUUUGUCCGGAAAGAUCAAGUCGAUGGAUAUCAAGCCCGACAGCGGCCGUUUCUCUGACCAGUCUAAGAUCGGAAAUAUGUACCGCCAACGCUACUUCAGAGAGAGCACAUUCAAGGCGUUGAAUGUAAUCGAGCAGGCCGUAGAUAAGCACGGACUUACCAUGCUUGAAACAGCAUUGCGUUGGAUGGUUCACCACUCCGCGCUUAAGAUCAAGGAUGGAAAUGAUGGAAUUAUUCUGGGAAUGUCCAAGGUACCACAACUCGAGGAGAACCUUGAGCUCCUGGAGAAGGGUCCUCUGCCUGACGAGGUGGUCGAGGCACUUGACCAGGCCUGGCUGUACUCCAAAGCAGAUACAGCCAACUACUGGCAUGGUGAUUUGGAGUACACUUACAAUGUCCACGAGGCUCUGUUCAGUGCAUCCUCCAAGUAG